AUUUCGAACAUAACUAUCGACCAGUAGAGGAAAUUUCGACAAUUGUUUUGUCAGGCCCUCGAUGUCGAUAUUCUUGUUAGCGGCUGUUAACUUUAAUUAAGUUCGAAUAAUUUGUGAAUUGAUUACAAAAAAGAAAAAAAUAUUGAAAUGUGUAUGGGAUAGUUAUUGGCUUUUGCAAUCGAUGCCAUAGAAAUGAACCACUUUCAGCAUAUGCCAAAAUUUGAUAUGUAGGCUAUCAGUAUAAUCUGACCUUGACACAUCAGACGUACAAUUCAAGUGCGUAUUUCAGAUCGCUUCGAGAUAAGACAAAAAAAAAACAAAACACAAAUCGAAACUGAGAGUGAAUGUUUGGCAGGAACGCGUCAGAUACCCGCCAGCCGCCGGACGCAAUGAACAUGAUCUGUACAAUUUUGGCAAUUAUUUUAUUUUCGGCUUCGUCGGGCCGAGUGCUGGGCGAGUACUGCGACAAUGGCACCGGCGAGUGCAGAGAGUUCACCUCAACCGAUUGCCCGGUGAUCUUCUACAAUCAGCAUCUGAUCGGGCCCAAUAAUGUCAAAUACUGCGAUGAGUUCAAUGACAUUGUCUGCUGUCCUCUUCCACUGAAUGUCCAGCAAAGGCAGCAAACGAUGCCGGAUACACGAAGACUAUUCGAAAAGGAGUGCCUCCGUUAUAAUGACAUCAGAUCCUCGUGCCGUUUCACGCCCCUCAUUGUGGGCGGCACCAAGGCGAAGGGUCGUGAGUUUCCCUUUAUGGCGCUGCUGGGCACGAGGCAGCCUGGCGGUUCCAGCAUUAGCUGGGACUGUGGCGGCACACUGAUCCAUCCAAAGUUCGUGCUGACCGCUGCCCAUUGCCUAGAAACCACAGAGACGAAGGCGCAACGUCUGGAUCCCAAUUAUAGGUCACCCAAAUAUGUUGUACGCCUGGGCGAAUUGGAUUACAAUAGCACCACGGACGAUGCACAGCCGCAGGACUUUCAGUUGGUUAACUAUGUGGUGCAUCCGGCGUACGCAGAGGAUGACGACGGUGCCCGCAUCAAUGACAUUGCUCUGCUCGAGCUGGACAGGAAUGCCACCCUGAAUGAGCAUGUGGCACCCGCCUGCCUGCCGCCCGCCAGCGGCGAUGAGCACUUCGAUCUGAAUGCAGCUGGCUGGGGCCACACCGAGAACUCUGGCCGAAAGUCAACGCAUCUACUGACCGUGGGUCUGCAGCGCUACAGCGAUAAGGUGUGCAGCGAGCGACUCGAGAGCCGCAUAAUAUCCCGCACUCAAUUCUGUGCCGGCUCCGGAUCACCCGACAGCAAUGCGGACACUUGCAAUGGCGACUCCGGCGGACCCAUCUUCGUGCAGCAUCCGGCCUACCAUUGCCUCAAGCAGGUGAUUGGCGUCACAUCGUACGGAGUCAUCUGUGGCAAUUACAAAUUCCCCAGUGUCUAUACCAAGGUGCAUCUCUACACGGACUGGAUUGAGAACAUCGUCUGGGGCGAAUGAUAGCCAUUUAAUUAAUCAUGUAAUUAUGCUGCAGCUAAUGGACUCCGUGGGAAUAUUGAUCCUUUGAGACAUUUAUUUGUAGCAUAAGACAUAUUUAGAAGAGCAUUUAUUGAAAUUUAUUUCCUUUGAUAUAUUAAUCUUUGCGAGCGAUAAAAUAAUCAAAUGUAAUCAUGGGUUAGACAUCGCUGAUCCUUUAAGGUAUAUAUGUUCCUGUUCAGUAUGAAAUAUAGAUUUUAUAUAGUCAUGUUCUUCUUAAUCUGGAUCUGUCCUUCCGCCUGUUGGGCCUAAUGCAUACUAAUAUCUAAGCUUGAGAGAUAUCAUAUAUCAUAUACCGUGUCUUAUGACUGGCAAAGAUCUCUCGAAGAUACAUAGUUUGUAUGGUUAACUUGUCUGUUGGGCAAAUUAUCCAAUAUUAUUUGAGCAAUAUCUGAACAACAUCCAACAACUAUAACAAUAGUUUCUAUAGACAACAGACAGAAUAAUCAGCCGGCAAUGGCGAGGUUUUGAUUUUAGGAUUGACUUGUUUGGCAUAUCCAAGGAUUCUGUGUCGAAGAUAUACUUAUUGAUAAAUAACUAGGAAUCGAUUAAAAAGCCUAUUCUAAGAAUUUCAAAUGAAUUAACUAAAAACAUUCAAUAGUUAAUAAACAAUCAAAGUCAA